AUGGACGACGACAUCACCUGGGGCUCGUCUGUUUGGGCGUCCGAAGACCCUAUCGCCAUUGACGCUCCAGGGACAAAACCAAGACCCCCAAGCAUUGAAGUACCUCCACCACCCACACCUUUCGGCGACGACGCCGGCUUUGACGAUUUCGAUGACUUCGCUGCUGCAGAUGCGAACGCUCAGGAUGAUGGGAUGAAGGAUGAUGAUUUUGGAGACUUCGAAGACUUUGAAGAGGGAGGAGCUCAGACUGUGUCAGCGUUUGUCGAUGUAGACUCGUUCCCCGAAGCGGGUCCAUCGCGACAGUGGCAACCGCUUCAGCUGGACCCGCUCCCUCCUCGACAAGAACUCAGGGAUGAGAUUAACGAUAUCCUUGCGCCAAUAUGGGAGGGAGAAGACAUCAGGAGGAUAACCACGGACGAUCCUAUGCGAGAGGUGGAGGGGAUUGGCCAGAUUCUGAUCACAUCGUCAAGCCGCGAAACGUACAAAGGGCUUCUACAAACCACGCCGCCGACUAAACCAACCAACUGGACGCGUUCCCGGAUACGAAGACAGCACUUGAUCUCGCUAGGGAUUCCCGUCAACCUCGAUGAAGUAUUACCCAAGGCAACGGGCAAGCCGUUGCCGCCAUUGGAGAUCCAUACCCGACCAAUGUCUGCUCCCCCAGGGGGACGCCCUCAGCCUCAUGGAGGAUCAAGUCACCCUUCGAGAUCGGGGACACCACAGCCUGGUCCGAAGAAUAGAAUCGUUGCACAGUUUGGGCCGAAGCCUGAAAUUGACACUGCCAGGAUCAAUAAGCUGCUGGAUACUGAUCCAGAAUGGCUAAAGAUGCAGCCGCUUCACAAUCUCGAACGGAUGCUAAGCGAAUUAAAGAUGCAAACGGCGAGCGUCUCAUCGCUUCUGACAUAUCUGCUUCAAUCUCGCGAUGCGCUACAACAAGAUUCGGAGACAUACAAUGGGCUCAUUGCCGAACUUGUGUCAGAGGUCGCACAAAAGGUGAAAUCGGGAAAGCCAGGAUUAACACGGACGAUUAGUCUGAGCGCUAGAGGUAGAUGA